AUGUCGUACGAGAGCCUGAACACAACCCUAUGCGACGCAGAGGCAAUAAUUAACGCUCGUCCACUGACGUACAUUUCAGAAGAUCCUAAUGAUCUUAAACCACUAUCACCGUCAUUAUUUUUGCAAGAAAAUCGAGAGUACGGUAUCCCAGACUGUGACAUGCUCUAUCGGGCAAAGUUAGAGAAGAAACUAAAACACAGACAGAAAAUUCGCGAAGACCUACGAAAGAGAUUUCGCACAGAAUAUUUAGGACAGUUGUUUCUGAAGAACGGAAAAAAGAAAGAGACUCGAAAAAUAGAAAUCGGGGACGUCGUUCUAGUCGGCGACGAUACGCGCAAACGUGUGGAUUGGCCGCUUGCACGUGUAAUGGAUGUAAUUCCAGGUCGCGACGGUCAAAUAAGAGUAGUAGUUUUAAAAAUAAAAAAUAGUUUACUUAGGAGACCGGUACAAAGAGUCUAUCCUCUGGAAAUUUCACACGAGGAAUCAGAGGAUUUUGCGAAAUAUCUAGGUAAGCGAGCAAGUCCUGAUAGACUUAGUGAUGAGACAAAAGGUUGUAAUGAUAAGAAGAUUGUUCACGAACACAAAAGCGACGAACCAAAGAUUGUAACCACACGAAGUGGGCGCGUUAUUAAAGAACCGGAGCGUUAUAAGUGUUAG